GCUGAAUUACAUGGCAUUUAGGAACAUACGAAUUGCUCAUGUGUUUGAAUUUUUUUUCUAAGUAGUAUUGUGUCUUUUCGUGGACCUAGCUAUCUGUUCGUGCAACCUGCUCCUAAGGACUUUUUUACAUGGUGGCUUGCUGUGGUGUCAUAUCAGCCGGUCCAAAGGGUCCUCCCUUGAUUUUUAUAGUGAGGUGCUGUUUUUAUAACAACAGUUCUAGCAAUGCAGGUGCAUGUAAUGGGCCAAGAUGUGGGCCGGACAAACCAAAGAUAAUGUAGAUGAAACACCUUUGAGCACUUCCUUCGGCUGGAAGUCCAGCUCGUUUCGCUCAGCUGUGCGACUGAGCCCUCCCUUUCUCAUUGAGCAUGCGCGCCGAAGCUUGUAAACAAUGAGACCAUUCCAGACUAUCCCUAGCAUUGUGUCUGUUUGAACAUUUAUUUUACGUUUUAUUAAAGCGUUAUAUACAGCAUGAGCAGCGGAUAUAACGGUAAUUUUUGCUGCAGCAUGGAGGCCACCCUGAGCAGGCUGCAGGGCCUGAGCGCAGAUGAGCUGCGUGACGAGUUCGCCAAGGCCAACCUCAAGUGCGGCCCUAUCACAGCCACCACCCGCGCCAUCUUUGAGAGGAAGCUGGCCCGUGCUUUGGUGAAUGAAGAUGGCAGCACCAGCGCUGGCUCGGGCAUUGAUUCGGGGGCCUCCAACCCUGAUUGGGCCUCCAACCCAUCAGCAUCGACAGAGCCACAGGCCAGCGAGGACGGUGACUUUGGCUACGGCAUGGGCCUCAACCCACCCGAGGAGGAGGCUCUGACGGAGAAGACGGCCGUGCUGGGCUGCGUCAGGGCCGACGAGGCUCAAAUUGAUGGGCAGACGCCCUCCAAGCCCACACAAGUGUCACCAUCCUUCUACUAUGGCGUGUGCCCACCAUGGGAGGAUGUGCUGGUCAGGACUGAUAGAGUACAUGUGUACAGUGAAAAGAAAGAAGCUCUGCAAGUGGUGAAGAUGAUGAAAGGGGCUCGAUUCAAAGCCUUCACCAGCCGUGAGGAUGCAGAGAAGUUUGCCAAAGGUGUCUGUGAUUACUACCCCUCUCCCAGCAAAGCCAUGCCAUGCAUCUCGCCUGUCAAACCAGGCCUCUUUGCUAAGGACAACAGCUCUGGGAUGGAGACGGACACGAUCAACAGGGAGAAGGCAAACAGUUUCAAGAGCCCGCGCACACAGGACCUGACUGCCAAGCUGCGCAAGGCCGUGGAGAGGGGCGACGAGGUGGCCUUCGCUGAGCUGGUCUGGAGCAAUCCACGCUAUCUCAUCGGCUCAGGGGAUAAUCCCACUGUGGUGCAGGAGGGCUGCCGAUACAAUGUGAUGCACGUGGCUGCUAAGGAGAACCAGGCUGGGGUGGCCCAGCUCCUGCUGGACACACUGGAGAACCCCGAGUUCAUGCGUCUCAUGUACCCCGACGACCACGAGGACAUGCUGCGGAGACGCAUCCGCUACAUCGUGGACCUGUACCUCAACACUCCGGACAAAGCCGGCUUUGAGACACCACUUCACUUUGCCUGCAAGUUUGGCUGCCCAGAGGUGGUGAACGUUCUCUGCUCCCACCCUGACACUGACAAACACUGCAGAAACAAGUAUGACCAGAAGCCAUGCGAUGUCAUAUGUGAAAGAAAAAACAAAACUCAAGAAGUGAAGCAGAAGAUUUGUGAAUAUUUAGAAGAUCGCUGUUAUGUGCCCUUAUUGAGGGCGACGGACAACUCCUCCCAGCCGGUGAUUGGAACUCCAUGGUCCCCUGAGCCCUCUGAGCCUUUACCCUCCAUGCUGUCUAGAAGUCCUAUGGACCCCGUCAUGGCGGUCAAAGCCUACGCUGGGCCUCUGAGUCCAUCAAAGGCGGCCAAUUCCGCCAGAGCAUGGAAGACGCCCCCCAGAGAUCGUGCUGUACACUUCCACCACAUCCUAAAGUCUGAUCCCGACCGAGGAGCCGAGAGAGUGGGCAGAAAUCUUGCCCAUGAAUUGGGCCAUCCCUGGGCUGAGUACUGGGAGUUCUUGGACUCCUUUGUCGACCUGUCGUCUGCAGAGGGUCUCCGAAAGUUGGAGGAGCACCUGAGCAAGAAAGACUUCAGUGAGCGUGCCCACCGAGAGACCGGAGAAAACGAGACCAGCAACAGGUUCAGAACUCCAUCACCAGGCAAGCCAAAAAAGUUCUGCAACUCCAUCUCGGUUGGUGCUUUCCUGGACGAGGGCGAUGACCUGAGCCUGGAGGAGAUGAAGAACCGGCAGAACGCCGCCCUCACCAGCGUCUGCUCCAAGGACAACCUGAAGGGGGCAGUGGGCGGCCGUGAGUUCCACAUCCUGCCUGUGUCACGGAGCGCCGACCUCAUCGAGAGGGGCUGCGAGCAUGACCUCCUCUGCGCCUCCGACAAGAGCCUGCUCUCGUCCUCCAGCAGGAACGGCCUGUGUCCGCCCCCCUCUGGCACCAGCGCCGACCGGACUCAGAACGGGGACAAGGGCUCCCCUCGCGGCCUGUCGUCCUCCUCUGCCUGCCUGCUGUCCCCCAUGUCCAACCUGAUGGUGGAGUUUGAGCGCAUGACACUACUGGACGAGAUGGAGCGGCAGCCCCGGGAGCGGCGGCGCAGUGGCGAAAGCUCCCGGCAGAAGGACGGACUCCUGAGGGACUCGUACUUGCCGGCGGCCGAGCUAAUCUCCAGCGUGGGCCGCCUGUCGCUGGGCGCAGGCGAGGACUCGGUGUUCUCGGUGAGCUGCUCGGAGCGUGACUGCAGCUCGUGGAAGGGGCUGAGCGGGGGCAAGGGGGACGGGCUGGACGAAGGUGACCGGAGGCUGGAGGACCGGGUUAGCUCGGGGUCGGACGAGUACGUGUCGGCUGAGGAGAGCCUGGAGGGUGGGGGUCAGAGGACUAGGGGGCCCGUGGUUGAGCGCACUCUCUGCUCCAGGUCCAAGUCUUGGGACCACGGGGGCCGAGAUAUGAGCAGCUCAGGGUCAUCUGGCUCCUACAGAUCUCUGGAUUCCCCUGACUUUAUAUUAAGGACGCCGCCCCGCUUUAAAAAAUGUCUUUUCAUUGAAGGGGAUUCGCCAACCAAGCUGGACAGAGAAGUACUGUCUGCAGUAGAAGCCAUAGAUGUUGAUCCCCUGAAAUACCCCAGCAUUUACAAAUGGAAGAGCACAAUGCAAACAUACUCCCCCACUGAGAUGCAAAGGUGGCCGACCCCAGCCUUCGUGCGGCGGCCUCCUAAGGUCCAGACGUUCACCCCGGGCUCCCCCGUGAGCAUUCUGGCCUCCCCCCUCAGCCGCUGCAGCCCUUCCCGGUACACGCCGGGGUCGCCCGACUUCGGCAGCCCCGGCCGCUACAGUCCAGCACACGCCAGCUUCAUCCAGCGCCUUCGCCUCAAGCACUUCAGCGACCCCCCAAUUUAAGAUGCACCUGCCAGCCCCCCUCCCCCCGUGCUGCACACCUCGCCAACCCGGGUGACUGCAUACUGGAUUCAAUCACAUCAGAAAUAUGCACAAGUGUCUUGAGGGUUUGUAUUAACGAUGUGGUACUCCGACAUGUGAUGUACAGAUUUUUUUGGAUGUAUGUUCAGAAUUUUUUCAAACUAGUCUCUUUACAGUGUAUGUAUGAGUGUGAGCUUUGUCAAAAAUGACAGUAAUAAUAUUAUUUAUAGAACAUGGUGACAUGCACUUGUGUCCUCGCUAAAAAAAAAAAGAAAAGAUUUUAUUGUUUAAUAAUGGAGAAAAAAAAAAAAUGGGUUGCAUUCCAAACAUCCAAUGUAAAUCCUUGUGCGGACCCAUUGCUUGAAAAUAGUUUGUAAAAAUUUAAGCUUAAUGUGAGGAGAAAAAAGUGUGAAAUUAUUUUUGGUAUAUCUCUUACGUAGCACAAAAUGAUAAAAAUUGUUUUUGUUUUGUUUAUCUGUGUAAAUGACUGCCAGUUCCUGUUUUUAAGUUCAUGAAUUUGAGAAUUGCCUUAAUUUUUCUGAGAUGAGGGACAGCCUCCAGUCAGAAUUUGCCACACCUUGUCCAGAAUCAGCCAAUCGUGUUUUACCAAUGCCUCCCUGUCCAUAUUUUUUAAAUCCAAUAAAUGUGUUAAUUUUUGUAGAUACCUGAAUGUUUUCGUUCACACAGUUAUUAUGCCAUGCACCAAGCUGCAGCCAUGUCACUUUAUAAGUACAGUUUCUCAGUGACACACAAAAGCCAUCCUCAUGAUGUCUCUUACCUUUCUGAUGUUUGUGGGCUGUACAUUGCAGGUUACUGAAUUGUCUCUUAACAUCUCUAUAAUAUGAAUGAAUGUUCCAACAAAACUGCACAACUGUCUGAACAUAUCAACAACCAAACUUUGAUAUUUCAACUGAAUGGUGCAUUUCUAGAGAUGGGGGUGGUCCAAACCGCACCAUCUGUAUCCUAUGGUCACGUGGGACCUAACUUGUUGAUCUUGGUCAGUGGUGUAAGUUGUGGUGUUGUGAAUUUGAGUGAGGUAUCUGUAGUCUUUUCUUAAGAUUUAUUAAUAAAACUGAACAAAAUGUUAGCACAG